AUGAGCUCACGAAUAUCGCGCCCUUUUCCAGAAGAAUCUGUGUUACACUGUCGCGCAGGAUCCACGGCUGCCAGAGGCAAUCUUCCGGAAAGUGCAGCGCUGAGCUUUCGGCAGGCGUUAGUCCUCAAUCCCAUGCUGUGGGAAGCCUUUGAAGGUCUAUGUUCGCUCGGUAACGUCCCAGAUAUAGACGACCUCUUCCCUCCCCGACUGCUACCUGCGAAGCAGACGGCAUCGAAUACAGCUCGCAAUAUGCCAGUUGCAACAGGUGCCGGAUUUUUCACGCCUGAGACUGGCAACGGCGGUAACCUGUUUCGCGCCUGGAAGCCUGAUACAGGCCAGCCACAGUUGUUCCGCAUGAUGGACGCAGUAGGACCACGCGAUUCAAUAGGGACAGUAGAUUCGUCAUUUCUGCCAGAAGUAUCCUUCAAUCAAGGAGCUAUGCGCGCUAGCCGGUCGCAACCAACGAAUUUGUUGGCGGCCCAACCACCAGCUGUGCGUCCCCUUUCUUCAGCAGAUGAGGCGGGCCCGGUGACCAAGAAGCUCCGCUCUACUGUGCGGCAGCGCACGGCUCCGCCCUCUAUCAACGCUGCGGACUCAAAUGUAAAUAUUAAGCCGUCCAAGUCUGCUGGCGCACUGCAUCUGAGGGCGGACGACCGCUCGAAAAGCUCCAAGGCACGCGCACGCCCGGCCUUAACAGUUGCUAACAUCUUCUCAUCUUCGGGUCGUGGCCAGACUGCGGCGACGUCCUCUAGGUCAAAUGCCGUGGGCACCGGGGUUGGGAAAAGCUCGCGCGAGCAGCAACCUCCAACCGGUGCCGCGACAAGACGGAGCACGCGUCUGCUGAGCGGAUCUACCAACAAGCCACUUGCCUCCAAGCAUGCCACGAUACGGGACCGACGGCGAGCUCAAGUGCGGGCGCGAUCAAACACAUUGGAUUCAGACGUGGACGAGGAGCCUAUACCCAAAGACGCAUCUCCAGGUCCGAGUACAUGGACGGCAGAACAAGAGCAGGCUGCACAAGAAGCCUACGAUGCUGAGCUAGCCGACUAUCACAUAUACGAACUGAUGCGGGCAUUUGCACGCGCAAGCAGAGCGAUGGCGCUUUAUGACUGUCGAAUAUGUCUUGAUGAGCUAGAAAAGCUACCUAUCAUCCAUAAACGAUCCGCAUUGGUGAUGGCGAUCGUAGGGAAAGCUCACUAUGAACUUGGCGAAUAUGCUGCUGCUGAACGUGCCUUUGAAGCCGUGCGAAAUCUCGAGCCUUAUCGUUUGUGGGAUAUGGAAGUUUUCUCAACCCUCCUGUGGCAUUUACAGCGGAACGUCAAGCUAUCUUUCCUAGCGCAGGAACUGGUUGCGACGGAUCCACGGUCACCGCAGGCUUGGAUAGCAGUUGGCAACUGCUUUUCUCUGCAGAAGGAGCGCUCGCAAGCCCUAAGCUGCUUCCGGCGGGCGGCACAACUAGACCCCAAUUGUGCCUAUGCUUACACGCUGAGUGGACAUGAGUCGAUUGAUGAGGACUUGGAACGGGCCAUCAAUUUCUUCCAAUCGGCUUUACGUGCUGAUCCACGACACUACAACGCCUGGUAUGGGUUGGGGACAUGCUAUAUGCGGAUGAGUAAAAUUCGCCUCGCGGACUACCAUUAUAGGCGAGCAGCGCAGAUACAUCCCCAGAACGCAGUGCUUCUCGGCUGUGUGGGCAUGGUGAGCGAACGGUUCGGGAACCGGCAAAAGGCGUUGGACCUAUUCAAUGAGGCGGUACGGCUGUCUCCCGACAAUGCGCUUGUGCGUUAUCGUCGGGCGAAAAUUCUUAUCUCGCAGCGGAGGUACAGGGCGGCUGUGGAGGAUCUGGAGUAUCUACGCGACUCGUCGCCCGAAGAGUCGAAUGUGAUCUUCCAGCUAGCAAGGGUGUACCGGCUGCAAGGGGACGUGACCAAGUCGCAGCAGCUGCUGGCAGUUGCGCGAGAUGUGUCGCCAAAGAGCGUGAAGAAGUUUGCGAAGCUACUGGAGACGGUGAUGGACACGGAAGGGGGGGAUGUGAUGGACGAGGGCUGA